AUGUCGCGUGCCAACGCCCAGCCCGAUAUAGGCGCUCCGCCAAAUGAGAUCACCUCGCUAAUCCCCAAACCGACCCCAAAUCCGACCACAUGGAGCGAAAUCGAGGCUCAAAGAAAAUGGUCGACUGCUCCGGCCAAAUCGUUGCUCGCAGAAUGCUGGCAGUUGCUGAAGGACUCUUUACCCGUGAUAUUUGGAUACACAUUGCAAAUGAGUCUACAAACAACAACCGCGAUCAUUAUAGGGCAAUCAUCUCCCAUGAACUUGGCGGUCGCUGCUUUUGCACAGAUGUUUGCACUGGUGACUGGAUGGAUGAUUGCGCUAGGAGGAACAACAGCUCUCGAUACGAUUGCGUCCUCGACCUUCACAGGGAGCGAGAAUAAGCACGACCUUGGAAUUCUACUUCAACGGGCACUAUUCGUUUUGUCUCUGUUCUUUGUCCCAGUCGCCAUUCUCUGGGCAUGCUCCGACUCUGUUUUCCAGGCGCUUGGCCAAGACCCGGAGCUUUCCUACCUGAGUUCCCAAUAUCUGACUGUACUGAUUCCAGGUGGACUGGGAUAUAUCUUUUUUGAAGUCAUGAAGAAGUACUUGCAGGCUCAGGGUCUCAUGAGAGCCGGAACGUACGUUAUGUUAAUCGUCUUACCGUGCCAUAUUGCAAUGACUUAUGUGUUCUGUUAUACACUGGAUAUCGGUCUACUUGGUGCCCCUCUGGCCUCCGAUAUCUCAUACUGGCUUGCAUUUGCACUACUGGUCUUACACAGCAAAUUCAUCGCUGGAGCUGAGUGCUGGGGCGGAUGGUCAUGGGCGGCUUUCGACAACAUGUGGACAUUCGUGCGGUUAUCACUCCUGGGCAUUAUGCACAUCGGAACGGAAUGGCUGGCCUUUGAGAUUGUGGCGUUGGCAGCAGGUCGUCUGGGUACGAUCGCCCUAGCCGCCCAGAGUGUGAUCAUGACCGCUGAUUCCGUGAUGAACACAAUCCCCUUUGGCCUCGGUGUGGCAACUUCAUCUCGCAUCGGUAAUCUCCUUGGAGCCCGCAAUGCAAAGGGGGCGGCACGCACGGCUCAUAUUUCGGCCUUUCUAGCGAUCAUCCUGGGAUCGAUGGUUUUGGCAGUGCUAAUGGGAAGCCGCGACCACUUUGCCAAAAUCUUUAACGAUGAUCCGAGAGUAGUGGAGCUGGUAUCGGAAAUCAUGCCACUGGUCGCUCUUUUCCAAAUUGCAGAUGGAGUCAAUGGAAGUUGUGGUGGCAGUUUGCGUGGUAUGGGCCGACAGCACAUUGGUGCUGUCGUGAAUAUUGUCAGCUACUAUUUCUUUGCCCUGCCGCUGGGUAUUUAUCUGGCCUUCCAUGGCUGGGGCCUGAAAGGCCUCUGGGUUGGCCAGUGUGUUGCACUCUACUGCGUUGGAGUCGUGCAGUGGAUCAUCGUUGCUUGUAGUCGAUGGGACAAAGAGGUGAUCAAGGCAUUCGAUCGUAUGGAUGCUCAUGAUGAGCUAGUCUCGUAG